CACAACAUCAACAACAACGAAAUAUGGCCUCAACAACGCCCAUUCUCCCUGUCAAGGACAAGAGGAAUAUUUUAGUGACGUCUGCCUUGCCCUACGUCAACAACAAACCGCAUUUGGGAAAUGUCGUUGGCAGUGUCCUCAGCGCCGAUGUAUACGCCCGAUUCAGCAAACUGAGAGACAGACCAACUCUAUACAUCUGUGGCACUGACGAGUACGGAACAGCCACUGAGACGAAGGCUUUAGAGACGGGCCAAACCCCGAAGGAGCUCUGCGACGAAUUCCACAAGGUCCACAAGGAUAUUUACGACUGGUUCGAGGUCGGAUUCGAUUACUUUGGGCGAACUACCACCGAUCAACAGACCAAGAUUGCCCAGGAUAUCUUUGUAAAACUUCAUAAGAAUGGCUACCUGGAGGAGCGGACAACUACACAGCCCUAUUGCGAAAAGCACGGGUCUUUCCUCUCGGACCGAUUCGUGGAGGGCACAUGCCCGAAAUGCCAGUACGAAGAUGCCCGCGGCGAUCAAUGCGACAAGUGCGGCAGCCUCCUAGAUCCCUUUGAGCUCAUCAACCCACGCUGCAAGGUCGAUGGAGCCUCCCCGGUCCAGCGCGACACAACGCACAUGUUUAUACGCCUUGACAAGCUCCAACCAACGAUCGAUAGUUGGUUCACGAAGUCCAGCCAGGAGGGCGGAUGGCCCCAGAACGGAAUUAGUAUCACCAAGUCGUGGUUUGACAAGGGAUUGGAAGGGCGCAGCAUUACUCGGGAUCUUAAAUGGGGCACACCUGUACCGUUGCCUGGCUACGAGAACAAGGUCAUGUACGUGUGGUUCGACGCUUGCAUCGGAUACCCUUCCAUUACAGCGUGCUAUACAGACAAAUGGGAACAAUGGUGGCGGAACCCAGAAGAAGUGGAGCUCUUCCAGUUUAUGGGCAAGGACAACGUUCCCUUCCACACUGUUAUUUUCCCAGGCACCCAAUUUGGCACGGGUGACAAGUGGACACAGCUCAAUCACCUUUCUACUACAGAGUAUUUGAACUAUGAAGGUGGAAAAUUCUCGAAAUCCAGAGGUGUUGGUGUUUUCGGCGACACUGCGAAGGAUACCGGCAUUCCUGCAUCCGUAUGGCGUUACUAUCUGAUGGCGAACCGACCAGAGACCAGUGACACCCAGUUCGAAUGGAAGGCGUUCAUUGCAGCAAACAACAGCGAGCUGCUCAACAACUUUGGAAACUUUGUCAACCGUCUUGUCAAAUUUGUAAACGCAAAAUGCGACGCUGUCGUUCCCGAAUUUUCUGCGUCCUAUACCGACGAUACCUUUGACUUCCCAGCAUUCAUUGAAAGCGUCAAUACCCACCUCGGAGAAUAUAUUGCGGAUAUGGAGGCUGUUCGAAUUCGCGCUGGACUCAAGAAGUUCAUGGAAAUCUCAGCAUUGGGCAACAACCUCUUGGCUGGUCGUCUUGAUAAUGCCAACUUGACAGGCAGCCCUGAGAGGACACACACUAUCAUUGGUCUGGCUAUCAACAUCGCAUACCUCCUUGCGUCGAUUUCGUCACCAUAUAUGCCAUCUACUGGAGCCUCCAUUGUCAAGCAGCUCCGAGUGCCCCUGCUAUCAAUUACCGACAAGUGGGACCCAGAGGCUCUCAAGGGCGGCCACAAGAUCGGCAAGGCCGAGUAUCUGUUCACCAGGAUCGAUGAUAAGAAGGAGGCUGAGUGGAGGGCCAAGUACGGUGGUACUCAGGCCUCAAGAAUUGCUGAGGAAGAGGCUAAGGCCAAGAAGGCUGCUGACAAGGCCAGAGAUAAAGAGAGGAAGAAGUCAAAGAAGGAGGCUGCUAAGGCUGCUGCUCCUGCUGAAGGGAGGCUCAAGACCGAGCUUUCUCUUCGCGGUGUUGCCGUCGAGGAACAGGCGCCUCCACCAGCGGCAGCUCCAUGAUUCGAAUGCCAUAACGAAUAACGACGAUGCACUGUCGGCGGCGGCGUUGGGAUGUUUUAGCAGGCGGUGUGGGAAAAUAUGGCAAAGUUGUGUACUAUUUUUUCUGUGAGACUGAGGUGGUAGCGAGGCUCCUUUUCAACAUGAGAAGCUAGAUCUGAUUGUGAAGCUCCAUAGCCUAAAUUUACAUUGUCUUUUAAAUACAGUUCCUGGUUCGGGAGAUUCUCGUAAUGCCCAACCACCCUACCUAUCCAACGCCGAGCCACCCUAAUCUUUACAUCUAUAUUUUACAUUAUUCUAUACAAGACCAACCGUCUUCGCGGCUCUCAUCUUCCAGCCUUCAAAGCUGUUGAGCUUUGGCCUCACAUCCAAGUAGAAGCUCAGCUUGCCAUUGGCUUUUCCCUCAUCCUUGCCAGCAUAGAAGUCAAUGAUGUACUCAACCUUCUUGCCGCACCUAUCAACAAUCCAGUCAUGGCGAUCAAAAGGUGUAGUAUACCCCAACAGACUGUUGAAGCGUGCCUUGGGAGACAUCGAAGUCGAGAGUCCCAGGAAUGAGUGUAGCCUAGGGCCUCCGCAUUUCUCGUCUGCACCAUAUGGCUCCUCCCAUUCCUUGAUUUCUUUCCAUGCCCGCUCGUUUACUGCAUUGUGUAUCGGUACGAUUGUCUUCAUUUCUUUAGGAUCGCUGGAGUGGCCCUGCAACGACUCUGUUAGAAACGUCGUUCCAUUCAAUCCCAAUACACGUACCUUUCUCUUCAUUGCAUCAAAGAACAUCUUCUCUGAAGGGUAUAUCCAGUUCCCACUCGCACUAACUCCGCUCUCCUUCUCGCUAUUCGCCGGCUUCGAGGCUUCGGUGUCGUCUACGGGCGAUGCGCGAGGGAUUGUCGAAACUACGCGCUGCGUACCGAGCCUUGUCGACACGGCCGCCGCAUCCGCAGAAGGCGUUGAAGAGAAAAAUCGCGCGAAUAGCCCAGGCUGCGCCGGUGGAGCCUGGGUGAUAUCUUCAGAAUCGCAGGCAUUGCCUUUCUUUGCGUCGCUGGCUCCCUUCGCUGCGCUGGGGAACGACGCAGUUGGGUUUGCUUUCAACCACGCGGCGCGGGUUUUGUCAUCGACGGGGCACACCUCAGCUGGCGCCUCUGCCUCUGGGGAUUUGCCCAUGGUCGCGUAUGUGAGUCGGGGUUCUUGGAAGCGCGCUGGGAUACGAGAAGAUGGCGACAGGGCAUCAUUAAUACCUUAGGGACCAUUGGAGAGGAUUAAUCGUAUAAAAGGGUCUUAGACUGACCCACACUGUCUUAUGUAGCUAAUAAUGUGGCUAGGAAAGGGCUUCGUAGUAUGAUAUUUUACCGCCAAGCCCAUACUAGUAGUAUUUCCGGAAGGUAAUAUUCCGACAGCCAAUAUGUGUUGCUAUACGAAGACGCUUCUAACAUAAUCUGUAACGUGGUUG